UUCUCGUUCAGCGGCAACCAGAUAAGUAUAUUGCAGAACCUGGGUGAUACGCACGACUGGGUUGAAAAUUAUUGAAGGAAACAUUCGCUUUUUUUUAUUGUCGUUACCAUUGACCAAAUCUUGAUGGCUGUUUUGUUCGCAAAAUAAAACGUUUCGUUGCGACAUUCACAUGUGUUCUUUUUGACACGACAAGCGGAUAUUUUACACUUCCCCGGAGUCAGAGAGAAGACGAGGCGCUCAAAAUGAAGUAUAAAAACCUGAUGGCCAAGGCGUUAUACGACAACGUCCCAGAGUCCCCGGAGGAGCUGGCCUUCCGGAAAGGGGACAUCUUAACAAUCAUUGAGCAGAACACGGGUGGCCUGGAGGGGUGGUGGCUCUGCUCGCUACACGGACGCCAGGGUAUCGCCCCGGGCAACCGUCUCAAGCUGCUGAUUGGUCCAAUGUUCGACGCCCAGUCCCCUAUCACCCAAUCAUCACCUAUAGGCUCGGCCUACCAGCAGAAGGCCGUGUCAUCGUCCCAGGGGCUGUACCAGGUGCCCCCGUCCCUCCAGAGCCCGGGGCAGCAAGGGAUCUACCAGGUACCCCUGGGACAAGAUGUGUACCAGGUCCCCCCUCAGAGGAAUGCCCUGGCUGCAGACAACACCCCCAGCAAGGUGGUGACCCCGACAGGAGUGGGACAGUCCUAUGCCUACAGCGCUGGUCAGCAUAACCAACAGGACCUCUAUGACGUUCCUCCAAUGAGACCACAGGGGGUGUAUGACAUUCCUCCUGGGAAACUGAUGGGCUCACACUCUCCCGGACAACAUGGGAAUGCUCGUCCCCAAGGAGGAAUCUAUGAUAUUCCUCCAUCCACUCAAAUGGAUCCUCGGAAACAAGGGGUUUACGAUAUCCCUCCCUCCACACAAGGGGUGUACUCUGUGCCUCCCUGCUGGAACACCCCAGCCCUCCAGGAGGGGAACUACGAUUUCCCCCAGCCUCUCAAACAACACAAACAACAGGAGGGCAUCUACGACGUACCCCCUCCCACCUUUACCAAGCCCUCAGCCUCCCUGUCCCCCCAGUCCAACUAUGACUUCCCCCCCAGUUCCCAGCCAAUUGGCCCCCACCACCUCCAACGCCCCGUCGCCAAUGACAACGAGGGAAUCUACGACGUGCCGCCCCCCUCCCACCAGCUCUCUGGGGCGGUGCCUCGGGGGGACCUGUAUGACAUCCCCAGGGGGAUGCAGCAGCCCCCCUCCCAGCACCGCUCCACCCCCCAGGAGAGGGACAGGGGGAAGGGCCAAGGCGUAUAUGACAUCCCCCCUCUGGGGGACGUGACGGAUGGGGUGAAUCGCCUGUCCUUCUCCAGUACGGGCUCCACACACAGUUCCAUGUCAACCUCCUCCACCUCCACGGUCUCCAGCGCUGAGGGCCGGCUGGCCCUGGAUGUGGACCAGGCCGUCCAGAGGCUGUGCCGCCAGCAGCAGGCGGUAGAGGCCUCAGUCGGGGCCCUGCAGAGCCUGGCCUCUUCCCCCCACUGGAGGACUUACCCUUUCAUGGAGCGCCAUACCAACGAGGUGCGGACCGUGCUAGACCGGGUGCGGGCAGCCCUGGGAGACUUUGUGGUGUUUGGGAGGGGUGCUGUGGCCAACGCCACUGCCCUGUCAGACCCCAGCCUGCACAGUAAGCUAAGGAGGCAGCUGGGGAGGCUGGAGGACUCCCAGCAGAUCAUCCUGCAGACCUACCAGAGCCUGGAGAACUGCAACUGGGCCCUCAACACCGUGACCAUCUCCAGCGCCUCCAAGCACCAGAUCAAGAGUGACGACCUGGAUCGCUUUGUCAUGGUGUCCAGGACGGUGCCCGACGACGCCAAGCAGCUGGCCUCCUCCGUGGGGGGUAAUGCUGAGCUGCUUUUUAGACGAGCACCCACCAUGAACGGGUCCACCUACCCCAGGGGUGGUACGCCCGAGGAGGCCGUCAUCCACCCUCUAACCUCUCCACCCUCAGAUAGUGAUAACUACAGGGGCCACACCAAGCCCUUUCCUGUGCCCUCCAGCCAAGACAAAGGCAACAUGAACAAUAGUGAGAAGUGUGUUAAGAGCUGGAUGGAGGACUAUGACUACGUCCAUCUGCAGGGAAAAGAGGACUUUGAGCGUCAACAGAAAGAGCUCCUGGAGAAAGAGAACAUCAUUAAACAGAGCAAGGUGCAGCUGGGACAGGAACAGAUGAACCAGUUCAAGCAAUUGGAGCAAGAGGUGAUCAAACCAGUGGAGAACGACAUCACACAGUGGAUCUCCCACCAGCACCCGACAGGCCCCUCCUCCUCUCCCUCCCCCUCCCUGACAGGAGGCAGGGCCCAGCUGUGUGGGCGGGACCGUCAGCUGCUGGGCUUCUACGCAGAGCAGUGCCAGCAGCACUUUGUCACGUUGCUCAAGGCCGUGGACGCUUUCUUCGGUUGCGUGGGCGCUGGCCAGCCACCCCGCAUCUUUGUGGCACACAGCAAGUUUGUCAUCCUCAGCACUCACAAACUGGUAUUUAUUGGGGACACUCUAUCCAGGCAGGCAGCCACGCCCGAGGUGGCCAACCGGGUGAUGAACUCUAGCAAUGUGCUUUGCGACCUGCUGAAGACUGUGGUGGGAGCCACUAAGACGGCCGCGUUGCACUACCCCAACACCGCCGCCAUUCAGGACAUGGUGGACAGAGUCACGGAUCUCUCACACCACGCUCAACAGUUCAAAGAACAGCUGCUGCAGAUGGCUGCUUUGUGAUUGUUUGUGUUGUCACUACCUGAUCCCUUCUAUUGCACCAUAGCAUCCUAUGUGUAUAUACCGUAUAUAUCUAUAUAUGUAUAUUGCUCGUUGUUAAUCUUAAGAGUUUUUUGGGGGGGCUGUUCUGUACAUAUUUGGCUCUAUUUUUGUGUAGAAUGUUUUUAUAUAUAGUUUCAGUCAAAAGUUUGGACACACCUACUCAGUCCAGGGUUUUACAUUAUUUUUUACUAUAUUCUACAUUGUAGAAUAAUAGUGAAGACAUCAAAACUAUGAAGUAACACACAUGGGAUCAUGUGUUAAACAAAUCAAAAUAUAUUCUAUAUGUGAGAUUCUUCAAAGUAACCACCCUGUGCCUUGAUGACAGCUUUGCACACUCUUGGUAUUGUCUCAACCAGCUUCAUGAGGUAGUCACCUGGAAUGCAUUUCAAUUAACAGGUGUGCCUUGUUAAAAGAUAAUUUGUGGAAUUUCUUUCCUUAACCUGUUGCGACGAGCAAUCCCGUAUCCGGGAGCGUAAUUAUAGCCUCAAGCUCAUUAUCAUAACGCAACGUUAACUAUUCAUGAAAAUCGCAAAUGAAAUGAAAUAAAUAUAUUGGCUCACAAGCUUAGCCUUUUGUUAACAACACUGUCAUCUCAGAUUUUCAAAAAAUGCUUUUCAACCAUAGCUAUAUAAGCAUUUGUGUAAGAGUAUUGAUAGCUAGCAUAGCAUUAAGCCUAGCAUUCAGCAGGCAACAUUUUCACAAAAACAAGAAAAGCAUUCAGGUAAAAUAAUUUACCUUUGAAGAACUUCGGAUGUUUUCAAUGAGGAGACUCUCAGUUAGAUAGCAAAUGUUCAGUUUUUCCAAAAAUAUUAUUUGUGUAGGAGAAAUCGCUCAGUUUUGUUCAUCACGUUUGGCUAAGAAAAAAAACAGAAAAUUCAGUCAUUUACAACGCGAACUUAACUCCAGAAUAUCGACAGAAACAUGGCAAACGUUGUUUAGAAUCAAUCCUCAAGGUGUUUUUCACAUAUCUAUUCAAUGAUAAGUCACUCGUGGCAGUUUGGUUUCUCCUCUGUUCAAAAUGGAAAAAUGCACGCAACUGGAGAUUACGCAAUAGUUUCGACGGAGGACACCGAGCGGACACCUGGUAAAUGUAGUCUCUUAUGGUCAAUUUUCCAAUGAUAUGCCUACAAAUACGUCACAAUGCUGCAAACACCUUGGGGAAAAGACAGAAAGUGUAGGCUCAUUCCUUGCGCAUUCACAGCCAUAUAAGGAGACAUUGGAACACAGCGCCUCAAAAAUCUGGCUCACUUCCUGUAUGAAGUUUCAUCUUGGUUUCGCCUGUAGCAUUAGUUCUCUGGCACUCACAGACAAUAUCUUUGCAGUUUUGGAAACGUCAGAGUGUUUUCUUUCCAAAGCUGUCAAUUAUAUGCAUAGUCGAGCAUCUUUUCAUGACAAAAUAUCUUGUUUAAAACGGGAACGUUUUUCAUCCAAAAAUGAAAUACUGCCCCCAGAGGUUCAAGAGGUUAAUGCAUUUGAGCCAAGGGAGGGGUGGUAUACCAAAGAUAGCCCUAUUUGGUAAAAAAACAAGUCCAUAUUAUGGCAAGAACAGCUCAAUUAAGCACAGAGAAACGACAGUCUAUCAGGUACUCCUCGCUCUUUUGUUUGGGUUUCAACCCUGUGUUUUUGUUAAGUGUUUGUUUCGUCUUCGUCCCCAUGUCUUUACACGGCACGCCGUAAUUUGGUGCUUAAUAAAGAAAACUAUUACGCAUUCCUGCGUCUGUCUCCCGAGUCAUUCGUGCCAACGUGACAUCCAGGCUAUGUAAGGGCUAUUUGACCAAGAAGGAGAGUGAUGGAGUGCUGCAUCAGAUGACCUGGCCUCCACAAUCACCUGACCUCAACCCAAUUGAGAUCGUUUGGGAUGAGUUAGACCACAGAGUAAAGGAGAAGCAGCCAAUAAAUGCUCAGCAUAUGUGGGAACUCCUUCAAGACUGUUGGAAAAGCAUUCCAGGUGUAGCUGGUUGAGAGAAUGCCAAGAGUGUGCAAAGCUGUCAUCAAAAUAUAAAUAUAAAAUAUAUUUAGUUUUGUUUAAUACUUUUUUGGUUACUACAUGAUAUGUGUUAUGUCAUAGUUUUGAUGUAUUCUACAAUGUAGAAAAUAGUAAAAAUAAAGAAAAACACUUGAAUCUGUAGGUGUGUCCAAACUUUUGACGGGUACUAUAUUUAAUUAUGAUAUAAAUAUACAGAUAAGAUAUAUGUGUCUUUUUAGGGUGAUUUGGACAUAUUUUCGUAACAUUCCCGUUUCAUAUAUUAUAAAGCACCUAAUGAUGAUGACAUCCUUUAGUUUUUUUAACCUGUAGAUUGUUGACGCACCCUACUGCUGGAAAUGACGCCAGUGCUUUGUGCAAAUCGUUUGAUGUCGCACUCUUUUGUUGAAAAGGGGGCAGGGCUCUCAACAGACAAAGUAAAGGACUGUUCUUACCCAUA